CUUAGGACAUGGAGCUUGAGAAGCUGGGCUUCUGCCCACCUGUGCUUGGACCUGCAUGUCCACGCUUGGGGCUGUGACCCCCUCAGCACCCAGCUCCAGACCCAAAUCCCACAGGAUUGAUCUGAGUCAUCCUUCAGGUGACCAACCUUGGUCCUUCGCUCCACGCUCAUGAUGUUACCCAUCAGAGCCAGCGGGCCCAAGAAGAAAAGUCUCGUGCCCAACUUGAUAGAAAAGGGCCUGAUUGUCCUCCGGAAGGUGGCCAGCCGGGACGAACAGCCCCCGGAAUGGAAACUCCGCCAACAAAAGCGCUCCCUCAGCAAGUCGGCUCAGGCCAUCUGCCGCUACUACAAGAUGCUGAGAGACUUCAACCAGAACGCCAGCCCCCAGGACAGCAGCUUCAUGUCCGAAAUGGAGGAGCUUCGGCGCAAGUUCCUCACACGUCCUGGCUGCCCGCAGUUCAGCACCAGGUCGACAUCCAUGACCCACUAUGGUUCAACCACAACCCUCUCUCUGCCUGAAGACACAGGCAUUGGCUCUGAGACCUGGAAGGAGGCUGAGAACCCACUCUCCAGCCAGCAAGGCUUGGAUGUGAAGGUGGACGGCUGCCUCCUGCCCCUUAGCAAGAGUGCCUGUGAGUUCAACUACCUGCGGAAGAAGAGCGAGUCCCAGGUGCUGAGCCCGACCCCCAGCAGUCCCGACCUGGGACAGAGCUACCCAAGGAAGCGGGUACCCUGGUACAUCUCCGUCAUCCAUGAGAAGGACCAGUGCCUGUUGGCACUAGGGGAGGAAGUCCAACGCCUCUCGGAGCUGGAAGCACAGGUUCAGAAGAGAGAGGAAGAGAUCCUGGCUCUCCAGGAGGAGAGGGAGGCCCUGAGGAAGCAGCUGAAAUGCCUCCUGAAGAGCAAGAGCCAGGAGGCCGCGUCCAGCCAUGUCUUGCGGGAGCGGCCGUUGGAGUCCGUGCUAAAGCUGCAGGGGAGACAGAGCACCCUCAGAACCUUCCAAGACGAGGAGGACGUGGAGCCCUGGCGGCAGCUGCAGGAAGAGUGCGACAGAGGCAAGGAGCUGGAAGGAGGUGACUACGAGGAGGAAGAGUACCUGGAAGGGCAGGCCAAGAGGGCAGAGGACAAGGGGGCGAGGGCUAGAGCCAGCAGGAGGGAAACUCUGCAGGAGAACAGAAGCGAGGAGGAGGCGGUGGCCAUGGUAACUGUGCAGGAAGACGAGGACGAGGACAGGGAUGCGUACGGGGCUGGGGAGGUGGAGGAAGAGGAGGACGAAGAGGUGAUGGAGCUGGAUGAGGAGAAGGAGCUGCAGGAGGAGGAGGCCGCGGCCAGGAGGCGGGCCGGCUUCGUGGACGACACCUUUGAGGAGGAGCUGAUAGCCCAGCUGGAGGAGUAUGAGCAGCUGAUCCAGGAGUUCCAGUUCCAGCUUGAGAUCACCAGGACCAGAUACUCCCUGGCAACAGGAGCCAUCAAGUCUUUACAGCGACAGGUGGAAUUCCAAGAGUCGCAAUUGCUGAAAAUCAACACGGAGAAUGAGAUGCUGCAGAAGGAGCUGCGGGAGCGGAAAAAACAGCUGCAGGCCAUGUCUGACAAGUUCUCUAACCUCCGGGAAGACAAGAAGUACCAGGAAAUGAUGGGCCUCAUUGAGAAAGACAACCUCCUCCUCAGACAGCAAGUGUCGGAGCUGGAGAGUGAACUGUCCAAGCGGGAACAGACCAUCUCGGAGCUAGAGGCCAAGGUCAACCAGCUCCAGGCCCAGGUGAAUCAGAGCCAGAACCACCUGCAGAGGCGGAAGCAGCUCCAGGAGGAGAUGCAGAAAAAGAAUGAGAUGAUUCAGCAGGCGGAGCAGCAGGCCCACGAGGCCCUGGAAUACACCCAGGCCAGGCUCGAAAGACUGAGAAACAAGAUCAUCCAGGCCACCUUCAACACCAUAGGGAUCAAGUCCUUGGCCACUGAGAUCUCUGACAAUGACAUUCUGGAAGGCUUGCAGAGGAUCAUCUCAGACAGAAUGGAAUACUACAACCAGCUGAAACAGAAGGGAGUCAAGGUGCCCCCCCUGCAGCAGAUGGAGAUCUUAUCCUCACCCAGCAAGUCCAAGAAGAUAAGCUCCAAGGAGGCCCAGCUCAGACCCUAGGUGCAGCCAGCACAGCAGAGGCCAGGGCCCAGCCUGGGUGUACCCUGGGUGCCCCUUUCCCCUCCGUCACCCCUCCCUCACCUGUGGCCCCACCCUGGCCUUCUGAUUCAGAAUUACACUUGCUGCUGGCCGUGGUCUCACCUUCUCCUUCACUAGGACACAGAGGGGAGCUUGGGUUACAUGAACGCCCCUUCCCACUCCACAGCUCACUGGGUGUCCUCACAGCAGCUUGCACCCAUGGCUCCUUCCUGGGGACACCCCACACUGAAUAUGGUGCCCUCUGGUGGUCCCAGGUGUAGGAGGCCUGAACUGGGCUCCUGUCCACCGCAUUUGGUUCACACCCCGACAGGGGUCCUUUUCUGAGGCCAGCUGCACACACCUGCACGGCUCUCCCGCUGGGGUGCCCCACCGGGGCACUGCUCUGCUGUUGCGACCCUGCGGAAGGAGGAGGGUCGGCCUGCGCACUUUUCUGACCGUCCGUCGCUCUGGUGAAGACAGCUCUGCAGAGCACAGGCUCGCCUGUCUGUGCUGUACACAGAGGUCUGUGCCCCGCACACACACACGUGCUCAGUGGACUGGGUCCUCUGCCUCUUCUCUUUGCUUUCCACCCCUACCUGUCCACUCAUCCUUUCGUUACUGCAGCGCCUGCCCGCUGAGGGCGUCAGGGGCAUGGCCGCCGGGCCCAGGCCUCUAGCCUCUCCGAGAGAGCAGAAGGCCCCCGAAGACCGGCGCCUAACUGCACACGCCCCGGGAGCUUUCUCGAAUCGCCUAGUGCCUCGGUUCUAGCUCGGCAGGCGCACCCGGGACCCGCUUUUGCGCUCGAGCCGGGCUCCCGGCGGGGAAACUGCGACAGUGGGGAGAGGGUCCGGAGAUCCCGGCCGCGUCUGGGCACCGCGGAGCGGUGCGGUCUGUGGUCCCUGCGGCCCCUGAGGAACUCGACUCCUGGAAGGCCUGGGGCUCUGGCUUGCUCCGCCCCAGCCACGCCCCCGGGAUGCGCCCCGCUCCUCCACCCGGCCCACCCCUGCGUU